GUUUCAUAUUCUUUAUUCUUCGCUUUCUCUUUCUCACUCGGUUAAAAAAUAAAACAGAGUUUACAGUUCGCUUUUAAAUAUUAAAGGCAAAAUCUUUUUCCAUGUUCUAAACUUACCAAUCACAUUCCUUAAUCACUCGCUCUCUCUCCCCCUAAAUUCACCCGUUAAUUACAAUCUAAACUUCUUCCUCUCUAUCUCUCAUAUUUCUGUCAUUUUAGUUUCUGGGUUUUGUCCAAAACCGUGAAAUAGAGUGUCUAAUCUUGCCAAAAAAAAAAAGAAAAAAAAAACUGUUAAAAAUGACAGUAGAGCGAGUAAUCAGUGAAACAAAGGAUCAGUUUCCCAUUGGCAUGCGAGUUUUGGCCGUUGACGAUGACCCAACUUGCCUUUUACUGCUCGAGACUCUUCUUCGUCGAUGCCAGUACAAUGUUACCACAACAAGUCAGGCUAUCACAGCAUUGAAGUUGUUGAGAGAAAACAAGAACAAGUUUGACUUGGUCAUCAGCGACGUCCAUAUGCCCGACAUGGAUGGUUUUAAGUUACUUGAGCUUGUGGGGCUUGAGAUGGACCUGCCUGUCAUAAUGUUAUCUGCAAAUGGUGAUACCAAGCUUGUGAUGAAGGGGAUCACUCAUGGAGCUUGUGAUUAUUUGCUGAAACCUCUUCGAAUUGAGGAGCUGCAAAAUAUCUGGCAACAUGUAGUCAGAAGAAAGAAAUUUGACAGGAAAGACCGGUAUAAUUCUGGCAGCCAAGACAAGCCUCAUACUGAGGCUGCAGGGAUAGGAAAUGUUGAUCAGAAUAGGAAGUUCAAUAAAAAGCGGAAGGACCAGAAUGAAGAUGAGGAUGAGGAUCAUGAUGAAAAUGGGCAUGAUAAUGAGGAUCCAUUAACCCAAAAGAAACCUCGUGUUGUUUGGUCAGUGGAGUUGCAUCGCAAAUUUGUUUUAGCAGUUAACCAAUUGGGCAUUGACAAGGCUGUACCUAAAAAGAUCCUAGAAUUGAUGAAUGUUGAAAAGCUUACCAGAGAAAAUGUUGCCAGCCAUCUCCAGAAAUUUAGGCUUUACCUAAAAAGACUCAGCUGUGUGGCAACCCAGCAAGCUAACAUGGCUGCUGCCUUAGGCAGUGUAGAUUCUACCUAUUCACGGAUGGGGUCUCUGAAUGGACUUGAGAAUUUCCAUACUUUGGCUGGAUCUGAUCAGCUUCACAAUGCAGCCUUUAGAUCUUUCCCACCUAGUGGGGUGCUUGGAAUAUUGAACACACCUGCUGGGCUAGGUAUGCAUGGCCUUCCUUCUCCAGGAAUGAUUCAAUUAAGUCAUGUGCAAAACUCGGGCAGUACCUGUAAUGAUCAGAGCAAGUUGCAAUCUUUUGUAAUUUCUGGAAACCAUAAUGCUAACAUUCUACAAGGGAUGCAAAUGUCAUUAGAACUUGAUCAACUACAAAAUAACAAGGGUGUUAGCCAUAUUGGAGAGCAGCCGACUGCCAAUAAUACGACUGUUUUCCCUGUUUCUGUCAGUUUAAUUGAUGCAAGAAUAACUGGAUGUUCCAAUAAUCCACUUAUUGGUAUUAAAAGCAAAUCCUUGAUGUUAGAAGGAAGCUCUCAGCAGGCCACUUUGCAUGCUAGUGCCAGUAAUUUGAGGGACAGUGUUUCUGCAAUGGGCUACCAAAACGGGAAUAAUUUAUCUGACUUUACUUCCGUAGCUCCCGCUCCCAAUCAAUUGUGGGAUUCAAAAGCAGAUUUACAAGGCCAAGCAUGCCCAAUCAGCUGUAAUGCAGGGCAAAUAAUCAGAAGUGCUCCUCAAGAAUUGAAUGACCCUAGAAAAGAUGCCCCUUACCAAUUAAAUGUUUUGUGUUCAAUAAAUUCUUCGAUCCCUGUUAAUGGUGCUAUGGUUCAGUUGGGCCAGUGCUUGGACCGAAAUAACCCAAUUCUCUGCAGAAAUAUGGACUUGGAUUCCAUUGGACCACCAAAUUUUGUUGAUCCCUUAUCCAUCAAGCAUGGUGAAGGUGACAACUCAGCUUUGGAGUCGUCAGCUAUUGAAAAGGAUGGGUAUCUUAUAGUCCAACCAAGGCCACAGGGAAGUUACAUUCCUGAUAACAUUGGCUCCUUGGAAGAUCUGGCCAAUGCAAUGAUGAGACGGGAGCAAGAUAAAGGGAAACCAGCAAAUGGCGAUUUUGGAUGCAAUGCUUAUUCUCUCAGGACUUGCAUAUGAGAUUAGAAUGUAGCUACUAACAGCAAAAGAAGGAUCUGCUUUACAAGCAUUGCUCCUCUUGAUAGUUUUGCCUCAUGUAACUGAUAACAAAUCUAUCUAUUAUCUUAUAUAUGCCAUUAUCAACCUUUUCUCUGUUCUUUUCUCGUCUAUUUCUGGCAAGUUGUAGUUUUUAUUCUGUCUUAUAACAUCUUAAGAGCUCAGUUUUUCUAGUUGAUUGAGAAGGGCAACUUCUCCUGCUAGGGCCUGCCUGAUAUUGUAUAAUGAAUAAAUAUUAAAUGCUUAUGGUCCCAACUAUGCAUUGUGGAAAUUUUAUAGUGUUUGCUUUUAUGUGUACACGCUUUACUUCAUGUUUUAUGCUAGCUAUGUUUCAUUAUUAAGAUUAGUUUCGGAUUCUUCAGGACCCCAUUUUAAAAUUAAGAAGGGGCAUCGUUUCUUCAAGAAAAGCGCAGCCCAAUAUUCUGAUACGAGUCCAGAUUGCCAACAGGGUUGGUAGGUUGAAACGGUAAGAUUUGAAUAUUUGAUUAGUAAGCUUUAAAUUCGGAUUUCAUUGUCAAUAGGCUCAUUUGGUUAAUGAUUUGUAAUCCAAAGUAAGAUUUUAUUGUACUUACGACUUGCUA